UAUUAGUGUUUCUACAUUCCAAGAUGGCGGACCCGACAGCGUCGCCAGAGGAUCACUGGAAACAGACAGACGGCGCUUUCAGCGACAGCGGCUUCGACCCUAGUUUAUUUGCUGAUACUGGCAGAAAGGGUUCAGUUGUGUCCAGGGCCAACAGCAUCGGCUCAACAAGUGCCUCUUCAGUACCAAAUACAGAUGAUGAAGACAGCGACUACAGACACGAGACGUCGUAUAAGGAGUCGUAUAGCGAUCGACGGAGACAAGCGCACACACAAGCUGAGCAGAAGCGUAGAGAUGCUAUAAAGAAAGGCUACGAGGACCUCCAGUCCAUAGUCCCAACCUGCCAGCAGCAGUCUGAUUUUGCAGUGGGAGCACAGAAGAUCAGCAAGGCCACCGUGCUACAGAAAACAAUCGACUACAUCCAUUUUCUUCACAAAGAAAAGAAGAAGCAAGAGGAGGAAGUUUCUCUUCUAAGAAAAGAAGUGAUGGCGCUGAAAAUCAUGAAAACGAACUAUGAGCACAUAGUGAAGGCCCACCAGAACAACCCGCAGCAGGGAGAGGAUCAGGUGUCGGACCAGGUCAAGUUCAACAUCUUCCAGAGCAUCAUGGACUCUCUGUUCGAAUCGUUCAGCAACUCCGUUUCAGUAAACAGCUUUCAGGAACUGUCCGCCUGCGUUUUCAGCUGGAUUGAGGAGCACUGCAAGCCACAGACGCUGAGGGAGUUCGUUGUCGGAGUGCUCAAUGGUCAGCUUUAUUGAUUGAGUGAAACCUCUGGACUUGACUCCCAUAAAUUGACUUUGGGUUUUACUCUGGCCUCUCAGGGUGAAGUCUAAAAAACUUCAAUCAGCCUCAGGCCACAUCACAGUAUUCACACUCACUUAGGAUCAUCAGUGACUCCCUGGCUGCAAUCGGAUUACCUCAACCUCACACUCUGGGCAGAGAUGGAUUGAGAAGUGCCAUGUUUAUUAAAAGGAUUACUCUCUGAUUGUAAGUGUGCACACAUACAGAUAAUCGAGCAUAUUUCAGGUUCUGCUGACUGUUCAUAUCUCUUCAUAUUGUUCUGCUGAGGAUUACAGGGGAAACACAAGAGCUUAAUACGUUUGUAAAUGAAUGUUAAUGUUAAAUGUGUCCGUUAGGAGUUCCACAAUCUGAAGUAACUGUAGCUGCCUUUAAAUAAAUCUUCUUACAGAUUGAGUUUAUUGAUCGUAUUGCUUCUGAAAUCAACCUAAUUGAAAUAGAGAGACGGGUGAUGAACACACACCCCGCCCUCUGUUACAUAACGCAUGCACAUGCUGCCUAAUUCUGAUCCAAAGGGCUCCUAUCAGCUUCAGUGCACAAACAUUGUGAGUCAGCCAUACCACUCCGUAACCGUAGCAGACACUGUUAAAUACUGUACCACUGCAGGGUAACUGUCCUUUCUCCUAACUGUGUCAUCAGGAAAUAUGCUUUAUGGCGUCUCAGCAUUUUUACUCCUGAGGUUUAAAAACAAGCUAUUCCACCUUUUUAUGGUGACAAAACUUGAGAUUUCUAAUUGGCACAGAUCAUUGUCUAUAUAUGUAUGUAUGUUUUUUGCAGUUUACUUUUCAAUAAGCAUUUUCUUGAAUUAAAUUAUGUAAAUUAAAAUCUAUUGAAUGUGAGUGGUUUUCAUGCCACCAUGACUGAUGCUAUUUAAUUUGGUCGUCAGUGACUUUUAUGAUCAAUAAUCCCAAGCAGUGAAAUAAUAAGAACCACUUGUUAAUUUUUAACACCAGCAGGUAGAAAAUGCUCCGACUGAACUGAUCCUUUUUCUAAACAGAAUCACUGCAGCCUCCACCAGUCGCAGGUUCCCGCUGAGAGAUUUACAGUAAUGAAUGAUGAAUUGAAAAAUAAUCAACUUUGAUUUUUAAACAAAAGCUAAUUAUUGUUCCAGUACCUGAAUAAAUCAAAUCUGUCACACACAUGGAUUAUCUGUUCGAUAUGAAAGAGCCACUUUACUGUUCUUGCUUUAAUCAAAGGGAUAUGAUCAUUUUUUACCCUUUGUUGUUGCUUCAUUAUCUUUUGAAAGUUGUUUUAUUAAAGCCAUCUACUGUAUAUCACCAUCCAAAGAGCAACGUCAACCUAUUUAUAGAAAUG